AUGAACUCGACAAAACCACCACACGUCCCCAAAAAUUUCUUAAACGUAAUCAAAAUCCUUCUCCUCCAAAGCCAGAUUUUCGGGUUGAUUACCUUCAACUGCAACGAAAAAAAAUUCCAGCGUUCUAAAACCCGAACCCUCUAUUCCGUCUCUCUAAUUAUCACCUACGCCUCUCUUAUCGUUUACAGCAUUUACAAAAUUGCCAUAAUCGACGAACCUUUGUCAAUAUACAAAACAACCGACACGCUACUUUUGUUGGUCAAUGGUUGCUACGUCUGUACCAUGUGGGCUUGUGCCAUCAUGAACCAAGACAACCUCAUCGCUUUCCUGGUAAAAAUCACCGACUUCGACAAUCAAAUGCCAAGCCACACCAUUGCGAACAUCCGUGAACACACCAGAAAAAGAAUCCUCACAGGGAUGCUAAUCCGGUACCCAGUUUUAAUCCUGUUGAUCACUUUCCUGCUCAUCGCCGCCCUCAUGAAUCUCAAAAACCACGAACUGGUCGCCGACGCCAUGGGUUAUAUCCUCAUGGUGAUCAACUCUGUAGCGUGCCACCAAAUCACCGAACUCGUCUUGAUGCUAAAAGCUCGUUUCCACAUCCUCAACCAGCAACUUAAAACUAUCGUCGUCUAUUUUAAAAACAACGUGAGAACGGUUUACAAAAGUCCGAAAAAUCAGUUCUUGGCGCUGAGUAAAGUCUGCGCUUUGCAUCACCACUUGACUAAGAUGGUUAAGCUCUUCAAUGAAGUCUUCGGAGUGGUGCUGCUGCUAAUGUUCGGCGCGAGUUUCGUGGCUAUAGUUUUGGCGUUCUUUUACUGCUCGGGGGCGCUUCAGUCUACCAAAAUCAGGUGGAUUAAUUUGUUUUGGGCGUUAUUUAGUUGUGUGAGUUUCGUUCUAGAUACGAUUUAUGUGUGCGACGUGUGUUACGAAACUAUCGAAGAGGCGAAGAAGGCAGGCGAGCUUAUACACAAGAUUGAGAGCGAUGAUCACGAUAUGAGGGAUGAGAUUGAGAUGUUUUCUCUGCAGAUUGCGAACGAGCAGGUCGAGUUUAACGCUGCGGGGUUUUUUCCUGUUAAUUUUAGUUUGCUGUUUUCGAUAAUUGGGGGUGUUACCACGUAUAUCAUCAUUUUGAUUCAGUUAUCAGCCACUCUUUCGGAUAAUACAUAA